AUGCGUACAGUCAGAUUUGGCGGACAGCAAGCGUACGGCGCGGGCUAUGAGACCGGUGCUCGACGCGCGCACCGUCGCUUGUCUUUUACGACCGGCUUCUUCUUAUUUUCUGCUUUCGUGCUCCUGCUGCUCGUGGCGCUCAGUUUGCCCAUUAUCAAGAGCAUAUAUCUGCUGGAGUUGGAGGCUACCACCGUUCAAAUCAUCAAUUCGAGUAUCGGAACAAGUUUACGGUUCGGGGUGUGGGGAUUCUGCGUCAAUAGUGCAGUAGUGCCGGCAGGUGUAUUCACGAACAACGGCGAUUGCCAAGGCCCGCAACUCGGAUACACGCUAAACUCCGAGCUAUUCCAGCUUAUCAUCGGACAGAAUGAGGAUAUCGAUAUUGUCCUCAAGGGUGUCACUGUAUUGCUGGUACUGCACCCCAUAGCUGCAGGCCUUGCACUGUUAACUGCGCUCCCCAUCUUCCUCGGCUGUCUCCGUUUCCACAACGGUCCAUGGAUCCUUUCGCUCAUCCUCUCGAUCCUCACCUCGGUUGUAUCGGCCGUCGUAUUCGCCGCAGACCUUGCAUUGGUGCUUAUCGCGCGGGACCGGUUGAAGGCUGUCUCGUCCGUGGACCUCGCUGUGAACUGGGGACCCGGAGUAUGGAUGGUUCUGGCGGGUAUGGUGUGCUCGUGGAUAGCGCUCAUCGCUAUCUCCGCGAAGGUUUGCAGAUGCUGCGGAUUCCGCAGCAAAUACGACACGUAUUGA